UCUCCAGCCCCUAUAGCGCAACAAUUCUCCUGUCAAAUCCCCAGCAAGGAAAGCUGACUGUAAAGGCAAAUCUUAUUUUUGAAGAAUACAUUGGCAUUGAUAUCUACCAAAAACUUAUAUUUAUGAAGGACAAUUUAAGUGUGAAUAACAAACGGGGAAAGAAACCACCCUCUUUUCCCCCACCUGAGGAAGUAUGUAUCAUCGAAGAUGAUGCUAUACGUCAGUCUCCAACCAAAGAGCUUCUGAACUCGACCAAAUCCAAGAGGGUAAAUGAUUCCAUGCCCAGUUUCAACCUCCUGGAUGAAGAGUCUGAAGAAGACGAGGCUGCUGCCAAUGUUCACGAAGAUGAGAUUGCUGCCAAGGCUGAAGACGGUGAAUGCAAAAUCAUUACACAACAAACAGUAUUUGACCACAUACGUGAGAAAGCGAAGAACUUCCCUGUCUUGGCGGCAUCAAAUGUUGUGUGCUCUCCAUCCUCAGAGCCCUUAGUUUUGACAAGAAAACGUGCUCGUGAGAAGCAGCUUGAACCCUAUAACGAAGUUCAGGUUUUGGAAGAGUUGGAAUGGAAUAAAAUUCCAAGAUGGGCGGUGGUGAAUCCAUCUUCAGAAUUGAAAGAGAAGGAACAAAAUCAACAUAGCCUUAUGGAUGAGAGAGCUGGGCUUCCUCUUGAACCUGGAGAUGGCGCAUUCAAAACUUCAAGAGAAGAAACAAUAUUUGAGCACAUACAAACAAAAGCCAAGAAUUUUCCGGUGAUCAACAAAUCGAAGGUGGUGGUGUCCGGGUCCUUAACCAAAACAAAAGAACAACCCUCUAAGAAUCAUCCUGUGUUGAGCAUGGAUCCUUCUGGCGUGCAAAAAGGAACAAACUCAAAUGAAGUAUUGAGAAACACUGCACUCAUCUCAGAUUUGGAAACCAAAGAGGUGGAAAAAGAUGAAUGCGGGAUAUCGAAUGCUUCUCCUAGAGGUUUAGGCAACGCUGCUCAUCUAUCAUCUAGUAAAAUGCUAUCGUUUGAUAUCUCCAUGUUGAAGAAUACCAGGCCAUCAGCAGAUCCAGGCAGCUCCAUGGAGAGCAGAAGAAGGAAACAGCAGCCGUCUCCAAUUGUACCACAAAGACAGUGCUGCACAUUGACAACAGUUGCCAAAACCAGGGAAGUAGAAACAUUUCUUGGAUUUCAGAGUGUCUUUUCUUUUCUCUGAUGUUUCUUCCGAUACACAAAAAUGAGACGAUAGAUAUAUCAGUAUAGAGGAAACUUACUUUUUCAGAUUAUAACUUCAUGCGGGUAGCAACGUAUAUGACCCACAAAUUGAAACUUGGGAUCAGUGGGAUGGAUAUAUACUUACUGGUUGGCUUCUCAAUUACUGUCCAGAAAAGUGCUUUACGAGGUAUGAAUGAUUAAUUUUGAAUGAAAAGUGAGGUUUAAGGACGUCAUAAACCCAGCUGGUUUGCCGCUUUCCUA